AUGCAAUUUUACAUAUUUCAUUUACUUGUUGACUUGUUAGCAACAUGCGUUCAAUAUACAACCCAUAUAGAACAGUCAAAUGCACAUUCCAGUGGAAUUUGGUCAGCUAGGUGGUCUCCACGUAGUAAUGUAGUUAUUACAGGAUCAUUAGACAAAACUAUAAAAGUUUGGGAUGCAGAAACUGGAGAAUAUUAUCGUACUCUUCACGGACAUAAUUUAGGAAUCAUAUCACUAGACAUUGAUCCUAUGGGAGAAAUGAUUGUAUCUGUAUCGUUAGAUAAUACAAUCAGAAGAUGGUCAGUAACUGAUGGAAUUCAUCUCGAAACAAUACAAGUCAAACCUGGUGACGCUUGGAGCUGUCAAUUCUCGCCGUCAUCUGAAGUACGUUAUUUUGCUACCAGCUCUCAAAAAGGAAAGGUAGAUCUUUGGGACAUUUCAACAAUGCCUUCGAGUAGCCCUAACGGUAAAUUACUUGCAUUUAGUGCUGAAAAUGAUUGUAUCCAUUUGUUUGAUGUAGAAAGUGGAAAGAAUAUUCAUAAAUUUAAAGGCGAGACUGGCUGUCCUAUAAGAACGAUCGAUUUCACACCAAAUUCAUCUUUACUGAUAUCUGGAUCUGAUGAUGAAACAAUCAAUAUUUAUGACGUACGCCACUUUAAUCGUAUAGGUAAAUGCACAGGUCUCGAUGGUUUUGUUAUGAGCGUUGCAGCAGCUGGAGAUAAUGAACAUUUUGUCAGUGGUUCCACAGAUGGGAAGGUGAAACUUUGGAACAUAGAAAAUAAACAAUGCUUAAGCACUGUCGGCCAACAUACUGAGCAAGUUUCCGCACUUUCUUGGAAUCCCGACGGUGAUAAAUUUAUAUCUGUAUCUGAAGAUAGGUCAUUGAAAUGGUACACAGCAGCAUCAUAA